UGAACAGUCUGCGCAGUGCGCGCGGAACUGAUUAACGUUUGUGUUUACAGCAUUUCGUGAAGAGGUUGCACAAAAAAUUGUAUCACUUACAAUUAGUGAAGACAAGCUAGCUAGCUAACUAAUGUUGCAUAAAUAGUAAUACGUUAAUUGGUUUCACUUCCUUUCUCUGUUUCAGAGGAACGCACAUUUCCCAUUUUGAAUGACUCCCUUCUGAAUAUUUUCAUUCUUUGAAGAUGUCUGAUGCUUGUUCUGAACCUGCAGGAGCCAUCAAGGCCAUUGACAAGCACUCGGUGCACCAAAUCUGCUCAGGUCAGGUGGUGCUGACGUUGGCCACUGCUGUCAAAGAGCUGGUGGAAAACAGCAUUGAUGCAGGGGCCACCAAUGUUGAUGUCAGGCUAAAGGAGUGUGGCGCUGAACUAGUGGAAGUGUCAGACAACGGCAAAGGAGUAGAAGAGGCCAACUUUGAAGGACUGACAUUGAAGCAUCACACGUCAAAGCUAAAGGAUUUCUCUGAUCUCCUCCAUGUGGAAACAUUUGGCUUCCGAGGUGAAGCUCUCAGCUCUUUAUGUGCUCUGAGUGGCUUAUGUGUGGUGACAUGCCAUGAGUCCAGCCAGGUGGGGACCAAACUGGUGUUUGACCACAAGGGCCACAUAGUGCAGAAGUCCCCUCAUCCCCGGCAGCAGGGCACCACAGUCAGCCUGCAGCAGCUCUUCUACACCCUGCCUGUUCGACACAAGGAGUUCCAACGCAAUAUUAAGAAGGAGUAUGCCAAAAUGAUACAUGUCCUGCAGGCCUACUGUAUCAUCUCUACAGGAGUGCGUAUUACCUGCUCCAACCAAAAUGGGCAGGGAAAGCGCAGCCCAGUCCUCAGCACCAGUGGCAGCCAGAAUAUGAGAGAUAACAUUGGGGCUAUAUUUGGACCAAAACAGCUACAGAGUCUUCUGCCUUUUCAGCAAGUGUCUCCUACAGAAAAUGUUAUUGAAGAAUAUGGACUCAAAGAUGCAGAGCUACCCAAACAGCUUUUUUUCAUGACAGGGUUUGUGUCACGAGGAGACCAUGGUGUUGGGAGAAGUUCCACAGACAGACAGUUCUUUUUCAUUAACAACCGGCCAUGUGAUCCCCUUAAGGUGACCAAACUUGUAAAUGAAGUGUAUCACAUGUACAACAAACAUCAAUAUCCAUUUGUUGCCUUGAACAUAGCUGUGGCUUCUGAGUGUGUGGACGUGAACGUGACCCCAGACAAACGACAGAUUUUCCUUCAGGAGGAGAAACUCUUGCUGGCUAUUCUCAAGACGUCUCUCAUCAACAUGUAUGAGGCCGGAGUCAAUAAGAUCAGCCUAAACUAUACACCCAUGCCCGGCACCAAUACAAAGUCUGCGUCUGAAAUCUGUCCGGUUCUUCCGUCCAAUGCCAACAUGCCAGAACAUGGAGAGGACAUGGAACCACUCACUCGGAGCUCAAAGUCGUCCCUAAACCUGGCCGGCCUAAAAGCUGCUUUUUCUAAUCAUCACAGCUUCAAUUCUGGAAACAAGUCAGGUGUGGCAAAAGCUGGCCCAACACAGAAAACGCUGCAGUCUUUUUUUAAGGACUCUGUCAAACCUCCUACCUGCAAACCAAGUGGAAGAUCUCCUUUGAAACCCACAAGAGAUCUAGCUAAAUGCUCCCCGGUGGGAAAGUUGGCGCUAGAUGAGUUCAGGUACGGCAGUAUGUCACGCAGUGAUUCAGACUCUGAAAAAGACAGUGCCGUGUCGAGUUGUGACGUCACCAUGGCAACACCGGAUAUUCAGUGUUCUGGCCUAGAGUUCAGUUCUCCUGAAUCAGCCACUGACGGUGUAAAAACCGAAACAUUUGAAGAAACGUCAGACAGUGGUCAAACUGUUCCUGAUCCGCCAGAGUUACAGACUGAGCCAUGCACUUCUAAUGAGGACUGCAUUGUGGGCCCAGAUGCCAAGAGGGCCAGGAAAGAAAAUCCACAUUUCCCAGAAGAACACAAAUCCCACAAUUUCUCCAAAUCCUCAACGGUGGAUGCACCAGUCUGCCUACAGAAGAAGACGGUGCCGCUCCAGUUCUCUUUACAAGAGCUGGCGGGGAAGGUGAAGAGGUUACAGGAACUACAGAAACAGAGGGCAGGCGAGGAUCUGCGCUAUCGACGCUUCAGGGCCAAGAUCAACCCCGGAGAAAACCAAAGCGCAGAGGAAGAGCUCAAGAAAGAGAUCAGUAAAGACAUGUUCAAAGAGAUGGAGAUCAUCGGUCAGUUUAACCUGGGCUUCAUCAUCACCAAACUCAACUCGGACAUCUUCAUGAUUGACCAGCAUGCCACAGAUGAGAAAUACAACUUCGAGAUGCUGCAGCAGCACACCGUUCUCCAAGGACAGAAACUCAUAGUUCCUCAGAAGCUUCACCUCACUGCUGUCAGUGAGAAUGUACUCAUGGAGAACAUGGAGAUUUUCCAAAAGAAUGGCUUUGAGUUUCUUGUCGAUGAGGACGCUCAGGUGAUGGAGAGGGUUAAGCUGGUAUCUCUGCCCACCAGUAAAAACUGGACAUUUGGCCCAGCCGACAUUGAAGAGCUGAUCUUCAUGUUGAGUGACAGCCCAGGGGUCAUGUGUCGACCGUCCCGCGUCAGGCAGAUGUUUGCCUCUCGGGCUUGUCGAAAAUCUGUGAUGAUUGGCACUGCUCUGAGUGUCAGUGAGAUGAAAAAGCUCCUGGUUCACAUGGGGGAGAUCGAGCAUCCAUGGAACUGUCCUCACGGCAGGCCGACCAUGAGACACCUCGCCAACCUGGACAUCAUCUCACAAGGCUAACCCUGUCGGGGAAGGAUCCUAUUCUACACCAGCUUAAUAUAACUAAAAUGUG